CUGCAGGCUUCCUCCCUGCAUCCCUCCAUCCUUCCUCCCCCUCCUCCCUGCAUCACUCCCCCUCAGCAUCCUCCUUCCUGCAUCCCUCCUUCCUGCAUCCCUCCUUCCUGCAUCUCUCCUUCCUGCAUCCCUCCCUCUGCCAUCCCUCCCUCCCGCAUCCCUCCCUUCAUCCCUCCCUCUGCCUGUGAGGAGCUGCGGACAUGGCUCUUAGCAAUUUCCUCUUUGCUCAGUGCAUCUGCUACUUCCUGGCCUUCCUCUUCAGCUUCAUCGUGGUGGUGCCGCUGUCUGAGAAUGGCAACGACUUCCAUGGCCGAUGCCUGCUCUUCACUGAGGGCAUGUGGCUCAAUGCCAACCUCACCGUGGAGCGGCAGCGCUUCACCGUGCAGGAGUGGGGGCCUGAGGCUGCCUGCCGCUUCAGCAUCUUCACUGGGCUCCUCUCUCUGCUGCUGGCUACAGUGCAGGCCUGGCGGACCCUCUUCUUCCUCUGCAAAGGGCAUGAGGACUCUUUCUUUUAUGCCUUCCUGAAUCUGCUGAUCAGCGCCUUUGUGGUGUUUAUCACAUUUAUUGCUAGCACUAUAGUGAGCGUAGGAUUUAACAUGUGGUGUGAUGCAAUUACUGAAAAAGGAAGCAUGCCAAAUAGCUGUGAAGAAUUACAGGAUAUUGAUCUUGAACUGAACUUAGAAAACUCUGCUUUCUAUGACCAGUUUGCUAUUGCACAGUUUGGUCUGUGGGCUGCCUGGCUGACUUGGCUGGGAAUCACCAUUCUGGCUUUCCUGAAAGUGUAUCACAACUACAGACAAGAGGACCUGCUAGAUAGCCUGAUCCAUGAGAAGGAGUUGUUGUUAGGAAGAUCCUCUUCACGAACCUGUUUGCAGGAUGAGAAAAGUGCCAUGAUCUAAAGCAUAAGCAAAUUUCCAGGGCAGGAUCCAGAAUUUAUUAUUCAGUAGUGCAAGAUGAUGUUGAGUCAGAGUAUUGAGUGUGUGAGAUCUUUCCUUUUCUGAAAAAAGAUAUACUUGUCAAUCACUUACUUCCUCACUGAAAAAUUCUUGGCAGAAGUAUUUAUGUUAGGAUAUAGAGAACAAACUGCCACGUGUGCCUUUGGCGCAGCAAAAUUUCUGUCCUGCACAGACAUGGAGCAGCACAGCCUGUAAUCUGCUGUUGUUAGCAGUGCUCCUGUAUGCUAUUGCUGCCUUUUGGAUUGCUGUCCAUUUUUGAGGAUCAUGCUGGCAAGAGCAGGCUACAGAGUCUGAGCUAUUCCUCCAAACUGUUCUGCAACAACAACUAUAACUGGAGCUGUGACAAGGCCCUCUUCUCUCCAUCUCUUCCCCUUUGACAGUAAAUCUACCCCAUUCUCACUUUGUUCUAAGCGAUUGCAGCUCUGGUCCAGGUACAGGCUCUUGCUGUCUCUGUUUUUGGUAUGUGUGGACAAUGUGCUGUUGCUACUGCUCUGAUUUUGAAUUUGUUUAGAACAUAAGACCUAUGUUCCAGAUGAUAUUUAUUAUUAGAUGGUGUUAAUGAAUUUCAUGAAUCCUCAAUAUUAUUACUGUCUGUUAAAAGCUGUGUGUCAUUUCAAGGGAUGAUGGUGGUGAUGGGUUGAUGGUUGGACUUAAUGAUCUUAGAGGGUUUUUCCAACCUUAAUGAUUUUAAGAAUGUUUGUGUUUUUGUUUCUUCUUAGAUUUUGGCAUGACCAUCAUUUAUUAUGGCUUCUUGAAGCGUAGUUUAGCUAGCAAUUUCUGAAGCUUGCAUACUAAGAAAUUAAACUGAGUUCAUAGGAUUAAUGCUUGUGCAUUGGUAAAUGUAACUUGGUCCCUAAUAUUGUAUGCUAUUCAGUUCUGAGUAUUAGAGUUUACUUGUGAUAUUUAUUUCAUAUAAAGUACGCAAAAUUACUGUAAGCAUUUGCAUUGUAGGUAUCUCUGUGUAUCAACAUAGCAAGGAGCAUGAACAGCUGAGUUAUUCCAUAGGUAGCUCUGUGCUGAAUGGGCCUGUUCCCCGCUCCCAGGCAGGAGUUACAGGGCUGACAAAUUUUGCUGUGAUAAGGGAGAACUGUUACUUUCACAAAGCUCACUCGUGAUCCUGUUGUUGCUUUCAGUUUUGUUUGGCCAGCACGUUAAUGAAUGAAUGAUGAAAAGUAGGUCCAAUAAUUAAGCAGAAUGACUCAGAUGAAUGUGAGAUUUGCAUGGCAGAGAAAUAAAGUUGUGCUAGAAUUAGGCAGUUAUCCACGUGUGCACAAUGCAGAGAACACUCUCAUUCAGCAAAAAACUUCAACAAGAAGUUAUGUUUCUAAGAGUAUCCUGACACUUCCUGUGGCAGCUGAGCUUGAGUUGACACUGAAUUUAUUGCAACACAGGUGCAGAUCAUGUCUAUCCAUACUGCCUGGUAAACAGGCCUAGGGAGAAGACAACAGGCUGCUACCAUUUACUGUGGUCUUCUGGGACUGUCUGGUACUUAAAGUUAAGUACCUGUUUAAGUGGCUGAAACAGAAUUUCAUAACAAAGUCAUAACAAGUCCUGUUAUUUGUAAGGAUUUUAGGGCAUAAAAUCUAACAGUAUGUUUAACAAGCAAAUUGUUCUCAUUGGUUUAGGGAAAAAAGCAAACAGCCACAGGGUGUGAAGCAGUAAUCUGGCCCUGUGAAUGUCACUUAUAUACCUAGCUGGCCACAGCUAUCUGUAGUGAAAUCCUGUUUUUCAGUGUGAUCUGAGCUCAAAUUAACUAAUACCAAUUUAAAAUUCAAAGACCAAGACUAUUGGAGGCUUUUUCCUCAGUUUGUCUGUUGCAGAAAUGCUAAGUCAUGAUGCGAAGCAGUGUUUGAGCACUGGUGGAAGGCAGGGCCAACGCAGGGGAGCUCAGGUGCAUGCAAUGAACCCGAGUGACCAGAAGGGAUAGAGCCAGGAACCACCCCCUCCCAGACCUCAUUUAAGGGUUGGCAGUGGAGGGAAGGGUAUCUUGUUGGAGAUUCCUCUAUGCCUGAAGUUUUCUGAAGGUAAGCAGUUUCUUUGGCUGUUGCAUUAGAUCAAAUCCUCAUUUGCUCCAGUAUGGGGUCUUGCUGUUCUGCUGUUGUUGCUGCACUUCCACUGUGUUUUGUGGUCUAAUCAGAGAGAGAUUCUGGUAGUUACCUUUGAUGGACUAGGGCCUCACCUUGAAAAAGUGUUUGGGAUGUGAAGGCCACUCUAUUUCCCAGUUGCUUCUUUGACUGCAGAAGGCACUACUUCUCUUUCUAACAUCUCUCUGAAUAUGAGAUUUGCCACUGAUGUCUGCUUCCGCAAAAUACAUCAGUGCAUGUCCAACUCCUUGCUUAGGACAGUGUUGCUACUUUAUAUAAUUUCUGUAUGUGCCAAAUCAUACUUUGGCUGAAGCAGUAUGAGUUGGGCCACAGUUUCCUGUUUUGCCUGUGAGUCUGGAGAAGUGGAGAACAGAAGACAGCGACUGCUUCCUCCUUAUUCCUCCUGAAGCACCAAGACCUGGUUGCUCUCCCUGAGAAGAAAGAUGCUGCUUCUCUUCAGUGAAGUUGCCCAGAGUUAUUGCUCUCUUCUAACUCUUUUCCUUUGUGUCUUUUCCUCUUUUCUACUUCCAUGAGAAGCAGUAGAUACUGAGGCUAGAAUUUCUACUUUUGAUGGUUUUUGUGAUUAAUGUUUGUACUGGCAUUUAUCGCUUUGACACUAUCUCACCAACGUGAUCUUCAUUGCUAUGUAACUUUGAACAUCUGGGACUGCUGCAAUUCUACCACCAAGGAAAAGUCAAUAGGAAAGAAAAAAUUCUGGAAGUCCCCACAAGAGUCACCUGUAAACUCUGUCAUAAAAGUUCAACCUCCUCUAUUUCAUUCACCUGGGUGAAUUCUUCUACCCCUACUUCCAUUUCAGUGCCCAUGUGUGUGAGCAUCUUGGUUGCUGGGGUUUGCUGGUAAACUAAAAAGAGACUUUGAGCCUCAUGUGCCAUCAGUUUCACGUGACUGGGUAGAGUGAGGCUAGCACCCAGUUUGUGAGCAUCAGUGAUGCUUAUAUUGGUAAAGCUGGUGUUGAAGGAAGCCCCUGGGCUGGUGAUCAGCUCUUUCUCUGAGCCAAAGGGAGGAAGGGUGCAGUUAUUGGACUUGCUUUAGCUUUUUUGAUUGCAUUUAGCUUUCUGCAAACUCUUCUCUGAAACCUUAGACACUCAGGCCAUCAACUGAAAAUGUGUUAGAAUAUCGACAUUAUUUACAUCUUCUUAUCUACAUAUAGAAGACCUCUUUCAUACCAUUCUAACCUCUGCUUUUAGUCCUUUAUAGUCAAACUGUCCAUUUAACUGUAGUAGGAUUUUGUAUUAAUCAAAUGUUGCCUUUCUGUGGUAUUUCAGUGCUUUGUCUAUUUUGCCUUUCUCUAUUUUGCUAUCCAAAAGAAGGUGUCUGGGAACACUCUACCAAGAGGUGUAUUUAAAGAACUAGAUCUUUGCAUGGUAUUUAUAUUUAUUAUCAUGUGAUGGAAGAGGGGGGGGAAAAAAAUCUUUGUGACAUUUACUUAUGCAGCCCACCUGUUGCUGCCCAUAGCAAAGCUGGGAUGUUUGUAUACUGCUGUAGUUUACUUGCUGUGUUCCCUAUGAUGAUAAAGCUAUAGUCAGAAAGUCUUCAUUUCAACUUGUUUAAAUUGCUAGUAAGAAAGAGUGAACCUUAGAUAAUGAAAGACAAAUGGAUACUGCUUCUGAGACACUAGAGUGCUGUCAAAUAAUUAUUCUAUUAUGUUGAAUAUGUUCUCCAAGUUCUGGCUACCAUCUGUGGUUAACUUCCCUGCCAGUUCCCUGCCAGUGGUGCAUGUUGGGUUAGAAAAAUCUGGUCUACAACACGUUGGCUGGACUUUUAGCUCAAUCCUCAUUAUUAUUAUAUAAUGAGGAAACAACUGAGGCUAACUUUUGGAAUAGGGCACAAAUGCUCACAAUGUCCUGUCCUGCUAAUUCAUGAGGAAUCUUUCAGCUGUGAACUUUCAGUAGAAAUCACAAAGAUAAGAGCCUGAUGAUUUACUUCAAGAACUGAAGGAUGUGUGUGCCAUGGCAGUGUUUCUAUGGUCCCUUAUAAAAAUGGUUAUUGUAACAAGUGGUGAUGGAUGCUUGAAUAGAUAGAUCUUGUUUAUGGAAGCAUUCAGUGUCAGGGAAAUAGUGUAUGUACAAUGUACACAGACAAAUUACACAAACACUUCCUUUGCUCUACUGUGAUAUGAGCAUGUGCAGCUUGGUUUGGAGUAGUUGUUAGAUUGCUUUAACUUUUGACACUGCCUUUUUCUUACUAGUAUUGGAGUCUGUGUAAUAACAUACAGGUUAUGAUAUCGGCGUGUGAAUAGGAUGUGAGCAGAGUGGCCAGUGCACAAUCUUUGAAGGGGUGAAGUGUGUUUCUAAUAGGGGUUUUGAGAGGUGUUUUAACUCCUCCCCAGUCUCUGGGUAAUGUCCUGAUGUUAUGGUGUAUUAGUUCUGGUAAGAACAAAGUCAGAUUUCCUUUCAAGACCAUCCCUCCCUAUGUAAAAUGCUGCUGAUUUUAAUAUAGGUAGUAUUUAGGAUGGGAGUAGAGCUACAGAGGAAAAAGAGCACACAUUGUAUGAUUUUUAGUGCUUUAGCAAAAGACCAUUUUACCCAAGGAUCAGGAAUUUUGCACCAUGGGCUCCUGGAAGAACUGGUGACUUGGCAUGGACGUAGCCCUGUUGUUAAUUCCUUCGCAUUUUAAGUACAAACAUGUAGACAGCGAACAGAACAUAUCCUGAGAGGAGUCUCACCUCUUUUGCCAAAUAGGUAAUUCUGAAAUACAGCACUGGCUUAAAACAGCCAGAAUGUUUUUUGGAACCAGUCAUUCUCUUUGGAAGAGAAGAUCAGAUGACAAAAAUGAAGACAUAUUUCAGAUACAGUUAUGUAGAAGUAGGAAUCUAGAUAGGAAAAUUAAUUUGGAAACACACUUUCUUCACCAAAGAAGCUCAAGCAGGUCUUUGCUUUAGCAUGUUGCUUCCAGUAUGAAUAGUGGGUGAAAAUGUCCUUGGCUGUGUUCUUUGCUGAAAUAGAGGGCUAUACUGGACAAGCUAACUUGUGUUCUGAGUUCUUGGGGGUACAGUGACUUGCACAUGAAAUGCAAAACAAACUGAGGGAGGACACCCUCCCUUGUACACAUGAAGGCAUUCAGCAGUAAGAUAUGAAGCCAUGCUUCACCUUCGUUUGUACUCCAGAAUCUUUUAGUAUUUGUCAUGUAUUAAUCCAAACUGUGUUUUCACCUUGUGUAUUUUAGUCCUUAGGUUGGUGGCUGGAGGCUUCCAUGGAGGAGUAGAAGUAUGAGUACACGUCUCUUCAGCCUGGUGUAGAUAUAGAAUCUGGGGUCUCCUUCUUAGGGAAGUGUGAGCCAUGGGCCAUCAUUUAAUCUUUAUGCUGGAGGCAGGGUUUCUGCACAGUGUCAAAUACACAUCAGUCUCUGUGAUGGGUCUUAGAAAAUGAAGUAUAAAAUGUGCAGACUCGGAGCUGAUGUCUCCUGCACAACAUUCAGUGCAAGGCAGCCCAUACAAACCAGGUGUUGGUGAAUGUGGCUUUCGUCAUCCCCAUUCUCUGAAGAUCUCACCUCAAACAUAUUGUAUGUGAAGUCACUUUUGUUGUUUAAAAUCUAAAUUCUACAGAAAUCUAGCAGUCAUUUGCUGGUCAAAUUCAUAGUUUUUUUGUGACAAACCGAUCUGGAUUUUGAUAAAACUGUUGUCUUUUUUUUCUCUAAAUCAGUGGCCUGGGUGUGUACAUCCUUGAACUAAUGGGAAUUAUCUGUAUACAGAUCCUAAAUUUGCAUCUUAGACCAUUUCCCUUACUGAUUGAAGUAGUCAUUUUUAUCUCUAUGGAAUGUUUUCUUUGGAGAUAAGAAACAUUCUAUCUUUGAGCUUAGGGAAUCAUGGAGAAUAAUGUUUUUACACACCUACAUUAAACAAGAAAAUGCUCACAUAGCUUCAUGAGUACUGGAAUGGUAUUAGAAUUAUUUCUGUUUAUUGUCAUCAUCCCGUGAAGUAUACACUUGUAUCUUUGUUCUUUACAAUGAACAGAUAUAAACCUAAGAGUUCUUCUGGUUUUUUUGUUUUUUUUUUUUUGAAGUGACAGCCUUCCACUCAACUUCUGAAUAUAACAGCUUUACAAAAUGCAGCACUUUGAUGCGCUCUUGGCAUAAAAAGGGAAGAAAGCAACUGUACUCUCUAAAUGUUUUUUUUUCUGAGAGGUUAGACAGCAGUUUACUUAAUAGAUAGCUAGUACUGCUUAUUUCAAGGCAGGGAUGUAAAUGAUAGCAUUUUUCCAUUCUGUUACUGGAGGAGUAUUUAUAUAACCACACUUUCUUUUGUUGUUUCUGUAGUCCGUGCCAAAGAGUAGAAUUGAACUGAUACUGCAAACAUAGCUUAAUGUGAAUGUAUUUACCUGAGUGCUUAAACCUUUCUACCUCUCAUACCUGCUAUAGUUGCUUGAAGUGGUAUUCAGUUCUUUUGGCUGUUACAUGCAAUAUCUGUAAAAGCUUAAAUUCUAUUUUCACAGAUAGCAUAAGGAUUUACGACUUAACUCUUAACUUCCUUGGAUUUUUAAAUUCAGUUCCUUGUUCCUAGAAAAUGGACAUAGAAACCCAAAGGCAGUGAGAUUAGCUGUUUAGAUUAGUCAAAUAAUGCUUAUUUAUUACUUCACCAAAAACAGCAGCAAUGGUGGUUCUUUAGACAUGAAAGUUUGUGUUACUCCUAAUAUUGUAUAUCAUAGCGGUUGUAGGUAGCACUGAGCAAGUAUUAGAAGGGCUGUAGCAGUCACUGCCAGCACUCCCCAUGGGCAAGGAGCUGCAAGGCACAGCUUUAGCUUCCCUACUGCCUGGGGAGUCUUCCUGUUAGAAUUUUUCUGCCUGGUUUGAAAGUCAUAGAAAAUGACACUUUAGUGGUGAUGGUGUUUAUCAAGGAGAUAAAGUACCUGGCAGUGAGAGCAAUUGGCCAAAAUAGCUUGAAUUACUUGUUUAUGGUGGGAACGCAAUGUGAGGUAUUUUUGUUCCUCUUUUCCACCUGUCUAUGGUGUAAAGAGAGGGUGGAGAUGCCCUGCCAGGAGGUAGGAAUGAAGAUCCAUCAUUGCUGUUGACUCCUUGGAUGAUUUCUUACAUAAGUGGAUAUAUGACCUUGUGGUGAAAGUCGUUAUUUUCCACUCCUUUCCCCCCAGAUUUGUGCAUGUUUGACUCCAGUUUGUGUACAGCUUCUGAACACUAUUUAGAAUGUAAGAGAAAUUGCAGCUCCUAUGGCAGACUUUUCCAUUUGUUAGAGAAAUAAAAAGCACUUCAGCUUUUUGCUAUUCUCAUUUGGAAACCUCAAGGUUUGGUGCCAAGCCCUUCCUUUUACACAAGCCAGGCCUGAUUUGGCUGACACCUUGCUCUAAAGGAUUACCAAGAUUGGUGCCAGCAUUCCCUUAAGCAACCUGGUGGAAUCAGAUGAGUGGGAUGAUAAUCCAUAGAUUUUACAGCAGGGAGAUGUUUGAAAAUCCUGUCAUGGUAUACGGCAUAACACGGAACAGAACACUUCACUCAUUCAGUCCCACAGCAGAAGGAAUUUUUUUUUUUCUUGUUUAACACUGCAAAGUGCAACAGUUUGUGUCUGAGAUACAGCACAUCCUUCUGUAGCACACUGGAUCUUGAUGUUGAUUAACCACUGCAAUAAUUUAAAUCCUCAUUGUUCAAUGUGAUCACCAUUUGGUUUCUAAAGAUGCUGACAGUCUCCUCAAAUGAAUGUUUUUUAGGAGAUGUAAGCAGUUCUUUGGUGAAUGACUACAAGACCACUGCAGUGGGACCACAUCCACAGUAAAUUGGUGCCACUAGAGAUUUUUCUCAAAUGAUCCCUGAAUACAACUACUGCUCUUUUUCAGCUUUCUUGAGAAAUGAAUAUAUCAUGAUCUAAAGUGUGCUGCUAAAAGGUUUUUGCAGGUUUACAAAGAAAAGUAAUAAUCUAGUUCCACUGACAUCUCCUUCCCAUGAAUCCUUUCUUCUCUAAAAACAUUCUUGGAAACAUUAGAGUUUUAUUGCCACCAGGCUAAUCAGGCCUUGUUUCUUGUAUCUCUUCCUAUCAGGAACAAGGACAGCUAAAGGGGGUAGAGUGCUGUAAGUCAGAAUAAAAAUAGAUAAUGAGAACUGUUAGUAUUCUUCCUGUGAGGGAUUUCGGCAUUCGGGCUGUGACGUGAGGGAUCCAGUGUGGCAGAGCCUGGGCUGACAGUGCUAAUUCCAGAUUCAGCCUCAGCUUGGAACACUCAGGUUUUCAUAAUUUGUUUUUGAGGUCUCCAGAUCUUGACAAUUUGUUUAACUGCUGAAAGUAGGAUUGGGACAGAUCUUUAGCUGGUGUACGCAGCUUAGCUUUGUAAGCCUUGCUGGAGCUGUGCCAGCCCACACAAGCUGAGGGUAGAGCUUGCUCUGUUUUGAAUAUUGUUUUUCAUGCUUUGUAUGCUCUUCUGCAGUGUAAUAAGUGCUGAUUUGGAACAUUAAUUGCAUGCAUUUGACAGAAACAGAAUUGGAGUUAAAUUUAUUGUUGUUUUGAUACAGUCUCAAAGGGGGAACUUUGUACUAGUAUAAUUUUAAUGCAAGCAUUUGUAAACACCUGGCAAAUAGAAAUUGAAAGUCCAAUCCUUUUGCUAAUGGAGUCAUUGACAGUGUUUCCUUUGGCUUUAGUAGGGAGCUGGACUGGGUUCAGUGUAAGUGGUGUACUCAAGUAUAACUGAUAGCAAGUGUGUUUUAUAUAUUGAUGCUUUUUGCUGGACAGUGCAUU